UUUCAAUCGUAAGCACGAAAUAUUUAUAGGUGCAAUUUUCAUAAUCUUGGGUAUAAACAAAACGUAGGAUUAGUGCUCGUAUAGUCGCCCCAAGCAGAACACACGACAAUUCUUGGAAAUCACAUCAGUAUCUCAAAAAAGUACAUGACGAUAGUACACAGCAACCCGUUUUCAUAAAUGCACAUUAAUAAGCAAGCAUGUAUAGGGAAUAUUCGUCAUUCGACUUUAGACACAGGACCAACAACCAACCAAACCAUUCCUCUCGCACGCCGUAUACACCUUAUGAUUAUCCCCUAGGUCGGCAUGACUAUAGGAACAGGAAUAGGGGUGGCACGCCGGGACAUCGACGGAACCGUCCUCGCUACACCAGGGGUAAUAGGCGUCCUUAUUGGGGCAGUAACUGGUGGUGGUUUAACAACCCCUCUACUGAUAUCGGAUGGAGACCUAGAUGGCCGAUAGGUGGUGGCAGCGGUGGUGGCACUAGUGGUGGCACCGAACCCCCCAAACCAGAGGUUGUAGUUCCAGAAAAAGUCGAUGCUGUGCUGAAAGCUCAAAUGAUCGACCUUCAUAAAGAGUCGAACAGAAAAGCCCACCACACUGACGAAUAUGAAGACAGCAGUCUCAUAGUGAGAAGAGGGCAGCUAUUUGAAUUCACUGCCAUUCUCAAUAGUGACUUCGACAAGGCCACUGACAAAGUUAUUGUUCAACUGACAAAAGGUGAGACCCCACAACAGAACAAAGGAACACUUGUAAGACUCCGAAUGUCUGAUAAGCUAACUGGUAAUGACUGGUGUGCACGACUCAGCAAGAUCAAUGGCAAUGAAAUUACAAUCCAAGUACAACCUGCAGCUGAUGCCGUUGUUGGCAAAUAUAAACUCUUCGUUGAGACUUUUGAUAAAGAAGGCAACUACUUCAGAUAUAAGAAUAAAGAAGAACUCGUAAUUCUAUUCAAUCCAUGGUGUAAAGCUGACCAGUGUUUAGUUCCCGAUGAGGCCGAAAGGAACGAAUAUAUUCUUAAUGAAGAUGGAAGAAUCUGGGUUGGGGCAGCAUAUCGUAAUAAUGGACGAAUUUGGCAUUUUGGUCAAUUUGAAGAACAAUGUCUGAACGCUGCCCUGUAUCUAUUGGAAAGAUCUGAUUUGAAGGAUACGUCACAUGGAAAUCCAAUUUUGGUGGCACGCAAACUGACUGCAAUGGCCAACGACAAUGACGGUGAUGGGGGUGUAUUAGCUGGUAAUUGGUCUGGAGAUUACAGUGGGGGUACUUCUCCAAGUAAAUGGACCGGUAGUCCUGCAAUCUUUGAUGAAUUCAUGAGAACCAAACGUACUGUGAAAUUUGGCCAAUGCUGGGUGUUUUCAGGAAUUUUGACUACCUUAUGCCGAACUUUGGGCAUUCCUGCAAGGAGUGUAACAAACUUUGACAGUGCCCAUGAUACUGAUUUGAGUAUGACCAUUGACAACCAUUGGGCUUCAGCAGGGAGACCUUUGAAGCAUUUGGAUGAUUCCGUCUGGAAUUUCCAUGUUUGGAAUGAGGCUUAUAUGAGCCGACCUGACCUUCCUGAUGGCAUGGGUGGUUGGCAAGCCAUAGAUUCAACACCACAAGAGCAAAGUGAAGGCGUAUUCAGAUGUGGUCCAGCACCAGUGAAUGCAAUCAAAGAAGGCCUUGUAUAUCUUGGUCAGGAUACCAAGUUUAUAUUCGGGGAGGUGAAUGGAGAUAGAGUAAAGUGGGUGCAGGAAUGGAAUGGAGAGUUGAGGGCAAUAGGAGGAGAUCAACAUGCAAUAGGACACCAGAUCAGUACAAAAGCUGUGGGGUCAAACACAAGGAAUGAUGUGACUGAUCAUUACAAAUACCCAGAAGGAUCACAAGAGGAAAGAGAAGCCGUGAAGCGUGCAAGUAAGCAUAGCUCAAGAAAAGCAGAGCUUAGUGACCUUUACAAACUUGAGGAACGACAAGACCUUGUGUUCACACCCUCUGAGACAAGCAAAAGGAAUGGUGAUGCUAUUAUCAAAACAAUAAUCAAAAAUAAAAGUGACCAAGCCAGAACGGUUGACAUUGUAUAUGAUGCAACAGCCACAUAUUACACUGGCAUUGCUGGAGAGACCCUGAAGGAACAUAAUGUCACAGUAACAAUUCCACCAAAGCAAGAACGAUUUGCUGAGUGGACGAUUCUUGGAAAGGACUACCUAAACGAGGUGGAUGAAGAUGCUAAUAUUGGAGUUUACAUGUGUGCGCAUGUGCAGGAAACUGAUCAGUUCUUUACACAUAUAUUCAAAUUUACAAUUGAAAAGCCAGAUUUACAAAUUGCUGUACCUAUGACUGAUGCAGUGGCCGGGGAAGAGAUUGAGGUCACAAUCAGUAUGCCAAGAAGUGAACUCGAGAUUGACAUGACCAAUGGAGAGUUGAGAGUGGAAGGUGCAGGCCAGAAACAAGUGGUCAUCAAUAUACCGGAGGCAAUCCGCCCUGGUGAUGUUCUGACAAGGACGGUGAAAAUGACACCACGUUUCCAUGGAAACCGUACUAUCUAUGCUACAUUUAACAGCAGGCAGCUAACGAACAUAACGGGUGAUGCGAAGAUAACAGUGCUCAAAGCAUAGAUCAAUACCAGUGACAGGAGAUCAGUUGCAGGACAGGAAGAAACAUGCAUAUGGUUGUUAGUUCAACAAGAGGAACUCAACUGAUUCUCAGGCGAUAACUAGUGAUAAAAUCAAACCAU